GAUCGCCCGUCCUGCUCUUCAGAGAAACCGGGUCUCGUCGCUGAACAAAUCGUUGAAUACUUGAAGCUGCAGACAACAUUACGGACAUCGCCUUGGCGUGCAAUCAAUCUACAGUUCAGUCAACGUCAAAUUUUAAGCGGACGCCCAGGGCAAUGCUGGGCGGCGCUGUCAACUGGUGCGUGCGGCGCUGGUUGCGAGCCGGCCCGCUGCGUCAGGCCGCCCGCGCGCUGACCGGGCCGCCGCCGCCUGUGCCGCUGGCCGGCAGGAAGGCCGCGGCUAGCCGGCGCACUGCUCCCCGGCCGUUCGUCGACUGGCGCAGACUGAGGGUGACCGGCGGCCACGGCGGCAAUGGCUGCGUGUCGCUGGCGCGCGUCUACCGCAACCCGCGCGCUGGCCCGGACGGCGGUGACGGCGGCGCCGGUGGACACGUCAUCUUCCAGGCGAGUACCAACGUGAAGGGUCUGGGCCAUCUCAGCUCGGUGCUGACGGCAGAGCCUGGCGAGAAGGGCUUCCAGAACGACUGCCACGGCAAAACGGCGCCGCAUCUCAUCGUCCAGGUGCCGGUGGGCACCAUGUUCCAGUCAGAUGACGGCCAGCUACGCGCCAGUCUGGAGGUGGAGGGCGCCAUGUUUGUCGCGGCCCGCGGCGGCGCCGGCGGCAGGGGCAACAAGUACUUCGCCACAGACACGAACCAGACGCCACGGUUUGCCGAGCUGGGGGCGCCCGGCGAGAGCUUCGCCUACGCGGCUGAGCUGCGCACCAUGGCCGACAUUGGGCUGAUCGGGUUCCCGAACGCGGGCAAGUCGACGUUGCUGCGCGCCAUCUCGCGGGCGCGUCCCAAGGUGGCGGCGUACCCGUUCACCACCCUGCAGCCGUACGUCGGCAUGGUCGAGUACAGCGACUACGUCCAGCUGGCAGUGGCCGACAUCCCCGGACUGAUCAGGGACGCGCACAAGAACCGCGGCCUGGGUGUCGCGUUCCUGCGCCACGUGCAGCGCUGCACGUGCCUGCUGUACGUGCUGGACGUGUCGUGCCGGCCGGCCGAGCAGCUGCGCGUGCUGCAGCACGAGCUGGACAUGUUCCAGCCAGGCCUGGCCCGCCGGCCGCACGCGCUGGUGGCCAACAAGUGCGAUCUGCCAGGCGCCGAGGAUAAUCUGGAGGAGCUGCGGGAGGCGGUUGACAUGCGCGUUCUGCCCAUCUCGGCCAAGAUGGGAACCAACGUUACGGAGCUCUUGUGUUAUCUGAGGACACUGCAUGACGAACACAGCCAGCGAACGGAGGCGGAGGCGACUGUGAAUGACUUGUGAUCUUUGUGAGUGGUUUUGUAAGGUUUCAAAUAAAUGUAACCCAAAUAGA